CCCGAUUCUACCAAGUCGUUGCCAUUCAAUCACAACGAGUUGGUGAUAUUACACUUCCUUCCCACAAUACUUACAUACCGCGACCAAUAUCCUCCUCAUCACGCCCAGUUCAUGGGAGACUUGCUCCGUCUAAAGUCGUCGUAUCACUAGCAAUCUAGAUCAGGCUACAAAAGGCAUCUCGCAUGGAGGGGUUGGACAAUCCAAGCGGGGUGACGGAGCUUCCGCUGUUGCUUAAGUCUGCCCAAGAUGAUUCUGAAGCAACACCAUCUAGCUCAAGAGAACCAAAAGCAAAGGUGAGCUGUACGUCCUCUGAGCUGAAGUUUGUCACCAUUUCCCACCCAGAUGACAUUCGCCGUCGCAAGGAUGUGCGUACCGACAUCCGCCGUCAUGUCAUGAAGAAGAUAGGUCAACAACGGCGGCGGCCAAAGACACAGGCGGAGGGAAGGGCAUCAUCGGCAUCAUCGGCAUCAUCGUGCAGCUUGAUGAACCAGGGAGUUCAACAUAAGGUCCCUCCGAAUAACCACACGGACACAAGCGCGGCGCUCGGCGCCCCGUGCAUGAUGCUACCACUACUAUGGGACUUUCCCAUCGAGGCAAACGAUCGCACCGUAGAACUUGUUCGAUUUUUGAACGAGCAGCGUUCCGUCUACCUACCCUUUCGCGGUAUCUGGUUUGACAUAGCAAGGAUUGAUAAAGGCGCAUUCCACGUAACGCUAGGGAAUGCCGCUGACCUUUUCCUUCGUGUGCGGGGAGGAUCAGAUCCUGAUAGGAACCCGGAGAUGCUGCAGUACUACUCCCUCUCCGUGGCCCAUUUGAGAGAACGUCUCAACAGUGCUGUUGACAGCAUCAGUGAUGGGAUGGUGGCCCACAUUCUGUCCCAUCUCUGCUUCUGUAUGAGACGCCAAGACUGGACAGCAUGGAAAGCCCACAUGGGUGGCUUAGCAGCUAUUUCAAGGCUGCGAGGCGGUCUUACUCAUCUGGGCCGCGGAGUACAUACCUGGAUUCUUUUAUCAGACCUAGGUGGAAGCAUUGUGUAUGAUACAGUUCCCUGGCUACCCCUGCCUUCCUGUUUUCCUUCAUACAAGACGUCUCUAGAGAACCUGCCAAUACGACUGCAAGAGCUUCUGUCACGAUUGGGUCCCAACUCAAUCGCUGUGACACAAACAAUUGAAGCUUUAGAAAGAGUCUACUUUGUCAUGAACGAGGUGAACACCAAAGGCCAUUCACCGCUCUUCUGGCACCGAGACGAGAAUGCCAUAAGUGUUCUCGGACCGUGUAUUCAUUUCCUGCUGUCCAUGCCUCGCCUUCCGGAGAAUCUGGACGCAACUCUCAGGUUGGAUGAGCUCGGCGCGGAGAUGGUGCGACUGAUCAGCCUCUGCCUCAUGUCAAGGCUCAAGGCCAUGUUUUCGUUCAACGCGCCCGAGAAAGCUCGGCUGGAGAAUAAGCUUUCCAGAUUCACCGUUUCCUACACAAGAUAUCUAGGUGGUCCCUAUCGCGACCUCAAAGUCUGGGCGCUUGUCACAGCGUCUUUGCUGCAGAACGGUGGGGGUCGAGAUGUGUACCUGGACGAGAUUCGGCGAGAUAUGGCUGCCACAGGCGAAACAGAUGCCACUGCUUGCGUUCGGAUCGCAAAAGAUAUCAUCUGGUUUGAAGUUUUGGGGAAAGCGGGUGCGGAUAACUUAAUACGGAACAUUGCAUUGUGUAGCGAUGGACCGGCCGGAUGAAAAGGGUCUACCUUGUGACGAAUGAAUGACUACGCUUCAAGUCAUGGUAGGUCAACCUAGAAUAUAUGGCAAUGGAGAAAGCGGCUGGACCACCGACCAGGAAGAAGAAAAGGAAAAGAGGAGUGAAAAACAGGACCGCCCUAGCAGCCUCUAAUUCUAACAGAGUAUAUGAAUGAAUAAACAGUGC